GGAGGCUCCUCCGCACGCCAUGUGCCCGUGUCCCCGGCAUCGCGGCCGCGGGCCCCCGGCCGUGUGCGGUUGCGGCGACGCUCGCCCCGGGCUGCGCUGGGCGGCGGCGCAGGUGACCGCGCUGCGGCUGCAGGCGCUGGGCGACGAGCUGCACCGACGCGCCAUGCGGCGUCGCGCGCGGCCCCGGGACCCGCUGCCCGCGCUGCUGCCCGCGCUCCGCGCCCGCUGGCCCUGGCUGUGCGCGGCCGCGCAGGUGGCGGCGCUGGCGGCCUGGCUGCUCGGCAGGCGGAGCGCGUAGGCGGCGCGCGCGGGGCCUUCUUGGUGGGGGGGACCGGAGCCGAGACCCAGCCCGGACCGAGCAACAGGUUGGCGAAACCCUGUGUCCUUGGAGGAAGCUGGUUCCUGUUUUCCUGAGGGAGUAGCCCAGAGCGUGGAAGGAAGCAGAAUUGUAAAGAGCUGAUGGUGGAAACACAGACAGAGGAAGCCCCUCGGGAGGUCCAGCUACAGAGAGAGCCACCCCAGUGCUAUUUAGCUAUAUAUAUACAAACCAAGAGAAAAUACAAAAUUCCGUACCUGUGCAUGCCUGCGGGGGACGUGGUGGUCCCUUUCCUUUCCACACGCGCAACCUUGCGAUGUGAACUCUGAGACUUCGUAAUGUCUAGGGUGGCAGGGGAGAGAGAUGCUUGUCGCUGCCCAUGCAGGAAACUUACAUGGACCGGUGGGAUCAGCGUGGACCAACUGUUCAGCACAGAUGCUGGUGUGGAGUAGAGGGGACUGGGCCGAAGGCAAGAUGGACAAGACAGAGGGGACGUGGGGCCCAUUUUGUUGGGGGCAGCCUGGGAUCCCUCCAUUUCUUGACAUGUCCUAGCUUCUUUCUGUCCCCAUCGAGACAGCUCUCUAGAUCUCAUGGUGGUCAUAUCCAGAGAAACGGGAUGUCAUUUUCUUCCCUUACCUAUAUAGUGUGUCUGGUGCUUCACUUCACAGUUUCUUGGUGCUAAGUGUAUCCUUCUUGGUACGGCCAGAGUCUUACAGACGGACUGGGAAGGCCAGGGAUGAGAGGUUUCUAUUUUGCUCUUUGGAUAUACUCUCAUUAUUAUUAUUAUUAUUUUUAAAGGGCUAGGUGACAAGAUGGCCACUGGAAAGUCUCUCUGUGGGGGGGAGGGGUGGUGCUCACAGGGCUUAGGAGCAGCCCCACCACCACCACCAAGUGGGAGGGCUACGAGGGGGGAGGGCCAGGCCGGUAUACAGGAGCUGCUUAGGAAAAGGAGGUCCCUCCUCUCCUUGCAGCAGUACUUUGAGAGACUGCUGUGGCCUCCCCCAAUUUCCUACAGGGAUUCAGGGCUUAGGUUUUUUAUAGAUUAAGAGCCAAGAAAUGGCUACGUUCUGAUGGGGCGUGAUUUAUAAGCAGGGGAUGUUGGGGAAAGGGGGCGGACCAUUUAAAUGAAAUGUCCGAUUUCCCAUGGUCCCCAAACACUCAGAAUAAGCUACUGUUUUCAGAAGUUUCUAGAAGGGCUAAUAUAAAUAUAAAUAUAUAUAUAUACAUAUAUAACGAAGCUGUGUGCUAGACUGACAUUUGGCUGCAACGGCUCACCGCUUCAGGGCUGGUGGUUAUUUUUAUUUUGCUCUCGUCUUUUAAAAAAAUCUCAACAUGAACAGGUAUUACUCCUCUGCGUGGAUACUGUAUCACCCCCAUCGAGAUGGUGAGGGAUGCUUGUGUGGGCUCAGCGAGACAGUUACUCUUAUUUUUACUUUAUUUUAUUUUUUCCUACUUAAUUGUGGAGACAAGGCCUCACCCUGGCGCCCAGGCUGACCUCAGCUCAUGAGCCUCCCUCCCGCCUCGGUAUCUGGCAUUUGGGACGCUAGCUACCGGAGCAGUGUCAUUUUUUCCUGGUUGGAUUUGCAGAUGACUUGCCAGGUACCUGGGAUCAGAGGGUCUGCUAGAAAGCAUCAGUUGGUUAGGUGCACGGGCUACCUGGGGAACCGGUCCCUGGCCAGCUCUGCUGGGCGUGACCAGUAGAGUGGGCGUGACCAGGAAAGUGCACACCUCCUCAGUCUGCUGUCAAAAGGCUCUUUUCUCCACUUUAAAUCUAUGCCUUAUAUUUUUCUAAAUAACCCAGUUUAAAAAAAAAAAUGCAACCGAGAACUCAGUGCUGAGGCCUCCUGCUUUUAUCUGCCAGAACUGAACUCAGCAAAGAAAAAUAAAGAGCCGAGCUUGUCUGGCAGGGAAGUAGCAGCCAGCAGGCCGUGCCCCUCCCUCACCCAACCAGAAUUACGUAGAGGGUCCCAGAAUGAUCUGGAAGCCACCCUCUGCUUGUAUUUCGUCCAUUUCCUAGCAAAGAAAUGAGUCCUUGCACGCCUCACAUUUCCAGAGAAGAUGUGUGCCAUGGUAGGACUUGGUGGUGUCAGCCUCUUUAAAGACACACUGUCCAGAUCACAGUGGGGACAUGCUGACCCUGGAGAGACCCAGUGCAAGGGUGAGGGGUGGGAGAAAAACCUCUUCUUUUCUGUUUUGUUUUUGAGCCUGGCUUGGCCUGUUAGCUAAUGAUAGCUCCCUGGAGGAUUUGAACUCCAAACACAGGGGGGGGUUUGGCAUCUCUGGUGAUUUUCAUUUCAAUGAAGCUGUGUUACUGAGAGAGCCAAGCAGCCCUGACCCUCCUUGAUGGGACUUUUCAGCCAAGUCCUCUGUAAAUACUCUCCUGUAGUAAUGGAAACCACGUAUUUAUCAAAUCCGGGUCUUGGCACGCACACAGUUCAUUUUAGUGCGCUUCUCCAUUGCCCCGGGUUUGAUGGGGUUGUUUUUAAAAAAUGCCUGUGUUUUGUUUUGUUUUGUUUUGUUUUUCUAUGAGAUCUGACUUCUUGACGGACAUUUGUAUUAGGAUAUUGAAGCAUGCUGGCUGUGUCUUUAUUGUCUCACUGUCUCUGCCAUGGUGUUACUUGGACUGCAUGAGGUAAUGGGACGACAGCCUUUCUGUUGGUGGUGUUAUUGAAAAAAAAGAAGAAAAAAAGAGAAAAAAAAAAAAAACCAACUUCCACAGUGUGUGAAGCGCUGGCAUGAUCACUCCCUUUAUCCUGCUUUCCCUGGCUGCCAAGACGCAUUGAUUUUGACUCGCUUCUAUGUAGAGUCUGUGAAGAGGGAGAGAGGCUUUGAAAUAAAUUUUAAAAAGACCUCAUACUGGGUUUCAGCAGACAGCAGUGUGUGUGUGUGUGUGUGUGUGUGUGUGUGUGUGUGUGUGUGUGUGUGUGUGUACGAGUGUGCACAAAGCCUGGGAGGUCUGAGAUCAUUGCUAGGGAGUUGGUUGUGUGAUGAGCUGAGGGGCUAUCUGCCACCUGGGCCCAAAGCUGCUGGCUGCUCUCUGAGGGUGAGCCCCGGAGUCUGUGGGACCGAAGCCUUUGUGAGAUGGUCCACUCCCUUCGGGAAGCUUCUCUUCUUCACUUCAUUCCCCCCACCAGCAAGAGCUCUGUUCACAUUUGGGGUUCCAGCUCCCUUUGACUAGAUGGAUUUGGAGCCAGACUUCUUUUGGAUAGCCUGAGAAGGACCGUGUCUAUGAUCCUGGGCCAGGAGGUCAUGCCCCCACUCUCCCAUCCCUCAGCCCUUCCCAGUUAUCCUGGAGGCUGCUUCCCCAUCUCUGUGAUAGCCUUGAUCUUUUUCCUUUCUACCUUGAUGGAGGGUGGUGGUGGUGACUGAAGCCCAGUGUCACAGGAUAACAAGACCCUGAAUGCCCUGAUGACACUCUGUAGAGCUGAGCUCAUGUCUUCUGUCCACCUGACUUUACUGUCAUGCUUCUAAAAUAGACAGAAUGUCAUUCUUGCUCACUGAGAACUGGUGGGGAGGCAGCAUGUCCUGGCACGAGCUACACAAGUAUCUCUGGGAGACACUGGGUCACUAUUGGGGAGUGCUUGCUUGUUAUCAUUGUUUUUUGAGACACGGAGCCAGGCUGACCUUGAACUCACUAUACAGCAGAGGAUAUACCCCUGAACUCCAUCUCCCGAUUCCUGGCAUGGGCCACUACCCCUGGCUUAUAUUGUGGACUGUUUGGAUGUCCACACGGAACUGUUAGAAGCGGCAGUGACCAGAACACAGGGCUCUCUUCUGGGUUCAUGCUAUUUUCUAUUCUGAGUCUGGAGUCAACUUGGGGAGAUCAGUGGGGGUCAGAGGCUGCCUGGAGAUUUGGGGAGAGGGGCAGCAGACUAUUCUCAUAGGAGCUGGUUCAGAAGCCCCACUAAGACAUCACAGUGUCUCUUGAAAGCUCUAGCCAAAAGUUUAUCUUUUUAACGUUUUAAUGUAUUCACUUGACACCUAUUUAUUGAUCAUCUACAGUAUGCCAGCUGAAGACCUCCCCGUCUGAACAAACCGACUCAGUUAUGGUACAGCAACAGUCCUUUUUGGAGACCAGAUGCCGUGAAAUGUCCCUUUCCAGUCUGGCUCAUAAUUUAGAACAGAUCUGCCAGGUCACCAUUGUGACCCCAAGCCUUGCUGGCAGAUUGCUAUAUAGUAUUUUCUGCAUGCCACUCUCUGGGCUGAAUGCAAUUAAAAAAAUUGCUACGUUGUCUCCUUCUCAAAGGGAGGAUUGGUCCCUUUUGUACAAUAGUUAAAGACCCCCCCACCCCCCGCAGGAGCACAGCCACUGAACACUGCACAAGGCGCUUUCCAAGGCUUCCCCGGAGAGACUCCCAUCCUAUUGUUAUUGGUAGUACCAUGGGUCCCAUUUUACAGGCGAGGAAGCUGAGGGCAUGCAAAUGGCAAAGUGGCUGAACUAAGGGAGUCUGUGUGCCGCUCCCCCACCCACCCCCAAGCCAACGUGGUACCCGCUCUGUUGUAUCAGAUCAAGUGGCUCUGGUGUGGCUCAUUGAAAAACAGGCAUUGUGGGUGAAGGCAGGGUAUUCUAGCUCAAGGGCCAAUGUUGCUAAUCCAAGGGCUGGGACAACCCUGUGGCCCAGCAGGGAGUGUCUACUUUAGCUGAAAAGAGAAUGCCUUAUUUGGGGGACACUUGAGGGCAGGCUGAAGGAUUUCAGGGGACUGUCCCCAGUUUCAGAAAACUCCAGGGUAAAGGGUAUCUGAUGUACAAACUGCUUGUCCCAACCACUCUGGAGGCUCUGGGAAGUCUGUCUACCCCUCUCCUUCUAUCUUCUCUCCCAACCCUGGAUCCUCAAGGUCUUUGCACUAGAAGAGUCAAAGAGCCCGUAAGCAUGGUAAAGAUGGCGGUGAGGGCAUUUGGAGCCUGGGGGAGGCAGUAACUUGGGGGAACAUUCUGUCUGGGUCCUGACCUUGUUGCCUUGUGCUCUUUUGUAAGGGGAGGGGUCCCCUACCUGGAUGCUUUGUACAUAUUUGUUACACUUUUAUUUAAAAAUUGACUGUGCACCUCUAA